UUGGGAUUUAAUUCUGUGACUAUUUGUCUUUCUACUGUUGUCUGGUUUGUUCCUGUUCUUGUUGAAUUCGAAUCACAAUGCUUUGCCAACACUGCCAGCGCAUGUUUCGCGCCCCCGAGUGGGCCGCCCAUCAUACAGACACUGCAUCUCUCCGCGAUGCUUCUGCCAAUGGGUGUGCCAUCUGCCAUCCGUUCAUGCAGCAUCUGGUCGAGAAAUACAGCGACCCCGCCAACGUGUUCACCAGUCCCAUGGGUUAUCGCGUCUACCAAGACGAAAAGCACGCGCAGGUCCUAGUGGACCUGGACUUCACGGAGGACGGAAACGACGUCCUGGAGUGCCAGACUUGGAUGGCCAUCCCCAGCGCCGACGUCACCUUUAACCCGGCCAUUCGGGAGAGACAGUCGCUCCCGCUGCAAGACGCCAUCGCAGCAGCCAAACACUGGUUGACCGAGUGUCGGGAGGGCCAUGACCGGUGUCCUAAAACUCCGCAGCCUGCUUUCUACCCGGACUAUUUGCUGGAGAUCGAUGGGUCGACGGUGCGAUUGGUCUCCUCGGCUGAAAAGCAGAUUUCAGACGCCUACGUGGCAGUCAGCUGCUGUCGCGGAGCAAACCCGCCGACGAUUGCCGACAUAAAGCAACUCCAAAGCGGCCUCGCUCUCACUGAACUUCCGAUCGCCUUCCGCGAAGCAGCCCAUCUCGUUCAGGGCCUCUUCAUCCGCUACCUAUGGAUCGAAACCUUCUGCACGCCGCCCGAAACCCAGACUCAAGCACAACAAGUCUACACCAACUGUCUCUUCAACCUUUCCCUCGCGAGAUCCACAACCCCGAACGAGAGCUGCCUCGGCGCAUGUCCUUCGCACGCAAAGCUCCCCUUCGAGAUCGAGACCAAGGGCCUGAUCGGAGAAGAAGGCACCAGUGCCGAAGUCACAGCCACCGUGGUCCCAUGGGACUAUUUCGAAAGGUCGCUCUAUCACCAGCCGCUGGGCCGCCGCGCCGACAGCGUACAGGAGCAGUUCUGGUCUCCGCGCGUUCUCAGCCUCGGUCUGGGAGAGCUGUUCUGGAGCUGUGCGCAGCUGCCGAACGCCAGCGAGUCUCUUCCGCGGGGGCCGGCGCAUCUCGCUGAGGAGUUUGGGCUACGGCAGAAGACGAUCCCGGAUGGUUCUGAUCAGGAGAAGUUGGAAGAGUACUGGUGGCAGGCUCUGGAGGCGUAUACUGACGGCGAGCUGGAUCGGCCGGAAGCCGGUCGAUUGGUCGGGGUUUCGAGCAUCGCGGGUCAAUUAGCACCCGUUCUAGACGAUGUGUAUAUUCACGGGCAUUUCGCGAAAACGCUACCGUGGAGUCUCAAUUGGCAGGUGGAGUAUCCGCCGCUGGAAGAGAAGCGAGGUGUCCGACGAGCGCGCAAAGGAGACGCGCAGACGCAUGAUACGCCGUCCUGGAGCUGGGGAUCGAUGGAUGGCACGCUGUACUUCUUCCAGUUGAGGGAGUGCACGAGUUUAGCCGACGUCGUGGAUCCGACUAGCCUGGCGGAGACUGAGUCCUUGAAACUUGCUAUCAAGACCUUCUGUAUGCAGGUGGGCUGGGCGGAUGGAAAACCCGUCAUCCAGCAUGAGUUCUGGAAGGAUGGCGAGCAGUUUCACUGGCUCAAUGUCAAUCUCGACGAUGAGCGGUUCACGCCCAAGCCCGGCGCGCGGCAUUUGCUGGUCGCGCUGAUCGAGGACGACUGGCUAGGGAAAUGGGAGGGAUUGUUGGUGGAGGAAGUCAAGGCCGAUGGAGAGGCUGGACCGGUUUAUCAGAGGAUUGGACAUUUUAUUAUGGAUCGAAAGCAAGGCGACGAGGAGCGAGAGUGGAAAGAGGACUAUAGGUUGAUGUCGGGAGAACGACGGGAGAUUAUACUGGUGUAGGACUGCCU